CGUUUUAGGUUUCGCAACAUUAAGUAUGUAAUUUCAAAGUAGAGUGAAAAUUAUUUUUUUCUCGGCUAUAUCAGCCUAAUGAAUGUGUGUAAUGAAGGGUAGCAGUAUGAAUUCACUGCUGAGUGAGGCGGGAACGGCGACUCAGUUUGGCGGAGGACUAACGCGGGGGGUGGGAAUGACACCCUUCAUCCCGCAUAGCUGCAGUUCCUUGACAGUGUCAGUGCGUCUCAGUAGAGCAAGGGAGACAGUGAUAGCCUACAGUACAAGAGCUCUUAUUCUUCAGGACAUUCGUGGGUGAGACACAGGACGCUAGACCAGCAUGAGUGAACCUUUUGACUGUGCCAAGUGCAAGGAGACGCUGUACGGGCGCAAAUACAUCCAGGUGGACAGCGGCCCUCACUGCAUCCCCUGCUAUGACGGCCUCUAUGCCAACACCUGCCGGGAGUGCAAGGAGCUCAUCGGACACAACUCUCGGGAGCUGGUGUAUGAGGACCAUCACUACCAUGAGCAGUGUUUCCGCUGCAUGCGCUGCGACCGCUCGCUAGCCGACGAGCCCUUCACCUGCCAGGAUGACGCGCUGGUGUGCAACGACUGCUACUGCAACGAAUUCUCCUCCAAAUGUGUGGCCUGCGACAAGACCAUCAUGCCAGGUUCCCGAAAGCUGGAGUACGGUGACGCGGCGUGGCACGAGGAGUGUUUCAUGUGCCGGGCGUGUCAGCAGCCCAUGGGCUCCCAGGCCUUCAUCCCAGACAAAGGGGAGUACUACUGCGUGCCCUGCUACGAGGGCAAGUUCUCCCCCCGAUGCAGCCACUGCAAACAGGCUCUGACCCAGGGCGGGGUGACCUAUCGGAACGAGCCCUGGCAUAAGGAGUGCUUCCUGUGCACGAGCUGCAAGGGCCCUCUGGCCAACCAGCCCUUCACCUCCCAGGGAGACGACCCCUACUGCGUCAAGUGCUUCAGCAGCAUGUACGCGCAGAAGUGCGCCGCCUGCAGCAAGCCCAUCACAGGGUUCGGGGAGGGGAAGUACAUCUCGUUCCAGGAGCGCCAGUGGCACCAGCCCUGCUUCAACUGCGCCCAGUGCUCCGUGUCCCUGGUGGGAGCCGGGUUCUUCCCCGACGGAGAGCGCGUCCUCUGCAAAGACUGCAACGAGAAGUAGUGGACUCCCUGGCGAACCUCAUGACAACCUGGGGGGCUGGAGCGACACUACGUAUGAUACCUUAUCACGAUACAAUGGCUGUGUACUGUGCCCCAAGAGUCGCCGCCUUUGCUGUGUCUUUUUCUUGCUUUCUUGAAUUCAGUUUGAUUUUAUUUGUGUGGUGCUUUUCUAUAACAAGAGCAAUAACGCAGAUAUGCUUUAAACGCCAGAAUGUAUCGAUGCU